AUGGUGCUGUCAGCGCAGCAGGGUGCGCAGGCCCAGCCCGCGCUGGCGAGGGCGGCGCCGCAGACGGCCCCGGCCGUUGACCAACACGCACCGCAGCAGGCCGUGUUGGGCAAGUCGGUUGCGACGAUGGCCAACCCCGACGAGAGUGCCCACUGCAAGCUCAUCUUCGGAGACGGGUCGCAGCGGAUCUCCACGUUCUACCGCUACCUCGGGGCGGCAUGGAAGUUCGAUUGCCUGAAGGUCCAGUCGUUGCAGGGCUACGACAACAAGCGUUUCUCACCCAUCUUGCUCAGCAGCCUCGACGACGACGCCGUGGACGAGCUGGUGUACAUCGCCAGCAAUCUAGGGCCCGAGACGCGGAUCAAGGACUUCACGGCCAAGUCCAAGGGAGAGAUGAGGGAGGCAAUUGCAGCAGAGAUCAGCAGGGUCCUCACCGCCUACCCGACGCGCCUGAACGACCUCAGCGCCGACCUCACCAACACGGACAUCUUGGCAAAACGCUUGGGCUACCCAGUCGAGUGCAUGCCAGUCUCUCGUAGGGGAGCCGCUGUCGUGGAUGUCGGGGCCCAGCAGCGGGCCGCCAGGAUUCCGUCCAUCGCCGCCCCGAGCAUGUCGGACUUCCUGACAGCUGGCAAAUCGAAGGCCACGCCGAAGGCGGCCGACCCGUCAGCCAAGUUCACAUCCCAGGAGGAGUUCGAGCAGGGGUUGUCCGGCGAUGAGGACGACCAGAAGCCAGCGGCCCAGGACACGAGUGCGUCCGCCAGCGUCGGCCCCGCCGCCAGCCUGGCCAGCGGGUCAUCAGGCGCGGGGGCAGAGGCUGCGCCUUCGGUCUUCGCGCCGUUCCAGGGCAAGGGCCUCAAGCUCACGGCUGAUGGCAAGCUGGAGAUGUCACCAGGUUUGCUCGAGGCUUUUGUUCAGAUGUCUCAUGCAAAGCCACCUGCGCCCGCUGUUUCAGAGCCCAGCGCGCCCGCAGGCAUGCCCGAAGGCCCGCCCGAGAAGAAGGCCAAGGCGGACGAGACCAAGAGUGAGUGA